AUGUUCGACUUCGAGAAACGGCGUGCAAUUGUCGUCGAAGGCCAUGAUUUCGUCACGACUUUCACCCCCGUCCAAGAUCUUACUGGAGUUGUUGUUGAGGCAAUCGAACAUCAUCCAUUUGCCAUCGACACCAAAUUUGAAACGAGGCACCCAAGUGUCUCUGAAGAACAGGCUUCGGAGGCUUUGAAAUCUGUGCUCAUCAGUACGCUCCAGAACGGUGCAAAGGGAGCGUGGGAUGUGUCGGACGAGUUUAAUCGAAUCCUGCCGGAAUAUAAGUUCACUCAGACGGAGGACUUCCUGGACAAGGUAUGGAACGACAAGCCAUAG